AUGGACCCAAUCAAGUCCAUCAAAGCCUACUGCAAGGUCGACGAACACGACAAGCAAGCAUUCUGGCGAAAGACCAUCAUCACAGUCGGCUCCCUCGUUCUAGGGGUUCUCAUCAUCGGCGUCAUCUAUGGUGUUAAGAAGAACUCCAAUUCCAACGGAGUCUCUGCUUCUCCGAAGACACCUUCUGCGUCUAUCAAGGCGGUGUGUAACGUGACCCUGUACCCAGAUUCUUGCUUCAAGAGCAUUUCAGCUCUGGAAGCUUCCAACCCCACCACCGACCCCAAAGAGAUCUUCAAGCUGUCUCUGCACGUGGCUCUCAACGAGCUCGUGAAGGUGUCUGCGUUGCCUGACACAUUGAUCUCCAAGAUCAGCGACGAACCAGCCAAGAAAGCGUUGAUUGUUUGUCGGAGAGUGUUUGAAGACGCUGUCGAUAGUCUCAACGAUACGAUAUCAUUAAUGGCGGAGAACGACGGCGAGAAAUUGCUGUCGCCGUUCACAAUUGAGGACGCCAGGACAUGGUUGUCCGCGGCACUUGCAUAUCUCGACUCUUGCUUGGACGGUCUACAAGAAGUGAACGCCACCACUUUGUACCAUGAAGUGAACGGUUUGAUCGAAAAUUCGGUCGAAUUUUCGAGCAAUAGUUUGGCGAUUGUGACCAAGGUUUUGGGGACUCUUUCGGAUUACAACAUUCCGGCUGCAGGUCGGAAGCUUCUGGGAUUUCCAGAGUGGGUGAGCGCCGGUGACCGGAGGCUGCUGCAGGAGACGAAACUGACGCCGAGUGUGACGGUGGCGCAGGACGGCAGUGGAGAUGUGAAAACGAUCAAAGAGGCGGUGGCGAGGAUUCCGGUGAAGUCAAAGACGAGGUUUGUGAUAUAUGUUAAGGCGGGAAAGUAUAUGGAGAAUGUGACAGUGGAGAAGUACAUGUGGAAUGUGAUGAUUUACGGCGAUGGCAAGGGAAAGACCAUCAUCUCCGACAGCGUGAACGUUAAGGAUGGCCAUGGGAUUACGACCUUCAGUUCAGCCACCUUUGGUGCUGACGGAAGGGGCUUCUUUGCAAAGGACAUUACCUUCGAGAACACAGCUGGGCCACAGAAGGACCAAGCUGUUGCCCUUAGGUCAAGUUCCAAUCACUCUGUGUUCUACAGGUGCUCCUUUGAUGGCUUCCAGGACACUCUCUACGCCCAUUCCAAAGUUCAAUUCUACCGCGACUGUGACAUAACCGGAACCGUCGACUUCAUAUUCGGACACGCCACAGUUGUCUUCCAGAACUGCAAAAUCCAGCCCAGGCAGCCCAUGGAGAAUCAAUAUGUGACCAUAACAGCUGCCGGACAUACCGAUCCUAAUAUGAAAUCAGGCAUUUCUAUUCAAAAGUGUAGCAUCACCCCCCUGGACAAGCUCACUGCCCAAACAUACCUUGGCAGGCCUUGGAAGGAUCACGCCAUCACGGUAAUAAUGCAGACCUAUAUUGGGUCAUUCGUGAACAGAUCGGGCUGGAUCGAAUGGGUCAAAGGUGGUGCCGCACCACCCAAGACCAUUUUCUACGGCGAGUUCAAUAAUUUCGGCCUGGGAGCGAAUACAACUGAUAGGGUUAAAUGGGCUGGAUAUAAUAAAAAUUUGACAAUAGACCAGGCCAAGAUGUACACAGUGGAAGCCCUUCUCCAGGGAAGCCAUUGGCUGCCUGCAAAAUACGUGUUCUAUGAGCCAGGCUUAUAG